GAGAAAUCGGAGUGCAUUUCCGCCAUUCCAGCACACUGCCCCUCGCUGCGGUGACUCGCCGACCCCUGAAUUACACUCUGUUGUCGACUUCACCGGUAAGGCAGCAGGUAACAGGAUUCUCUUUGACAAACGCGAGCGCCUCAGGCAGACAGAAGAAACAUGCGGACCCCGGUGGUGAUGAUUAUUGGGCUCGUGCUGGCCCCCUGUGGGUUCCUUCUCAGCCUCAUCGCCACAUUCAGCCCUGACUGGAGGGAACUAAGAUCGGUAAGCGGCGCCCCUGUGGACGAAGUCAUCCAGCAAGGCAUAUGGGACGUGUGUAUAGCAUCGGACAUUUCGAGCUCGGUCGCCUGCGGCCAGUCGGACUCCACUUACUUCUCGCAACAGGUGAUUACGGUGGCCAGAGGUCUGAUGCUCGCAUCCCUUCUGGUUAUGGCAGGCGGCAUCGUGAUGGCAUCUCUGGGGGUCAGGUGUUGGCAAGACAAUCCAAACUGGCUGAUCGCUGGUCUGAGUGGGAUCGUCAUCUUUAUUUCUGGCGUUCUGUCGCUAAUCCCAGUGGCCUACUACACCAACAUGUUGUCCAACAUCACCACGACAUUCACGGCGGCGAAAUUCCAGGUGGGCUACAGCAUCGUCAUCGGCUACAUCGGCAGCUGUUUCGAGCUGAUCAGCGGCGCGUUUCUUAUUCUGUGUCUCUUCCACUUAUGCAAGAAAAGAAACGAGAAGCAGGCGAAUAGCUUCUACAAUAAAUACUACCGGGAAAGCUCGCCAAAGACGCACAUCAGGACCAUCGACGUGCCCGACAUGACCAGGGAGCACCGGCGGUCGCCCUCCUUCGGUAUUGAAGAUUUUUCGCAGCCCCCAAACCGACAGACCCCAAAAAGGCAGACUCCCCGAGAGUUUGUUUCGACGGAUUUCACCAGAAACGAGCCCUGUGAUGCCGAUUUAUAGCCGGGAAGGUGACAGUAGAGGACCGCGAUGGACCAAAAAAAAAAAAACUUCUUUCUUUAUUAAAAAGUCGGAUGUUUCAUAAGAGACUUCAGCAAAUAUAACAAUUGCCAAGUUUAUUUAGAAUGCAACAACAGGACUGGGAAAAAAAAAUCGGCAUUUGUGUCGAAAUUUAAAACUGGCAACUUUUAGACUUCUAAUUUUAAAAAAAGACUUUGGUAAGAAAACUGUGACCUGCAGGGUCCCUGUAAUGGCACUUUACGGGGAUGUGUGGUUCAUUGUAAUGAUUCAUUCCCUUUUGUGAAGGGCUCUUUGCACAUGAAGUUGGGUCUUCGGGCUUUGGAAAAGAUUCCUAACGUGCAUAAAACACAAAUCUUUAAAGUAUAGUAAGCUACACAGCCGGACUUGAACUUAAAGGUCUGUGUUAUUGUAUGCGGCGAGAGUCCUUUUAAAAUCAGCAACCUUGGUUAUCACAUUCGUGGUUAUUUUAUGAAGUCCGUUAGGAAUCGAAAGAAGUAAAGGACCCCUUCAAGAAAGCAGGCAGGAUGCAACAAUGGGCCCAUCUUUGACGGAAGAAAGACACUGGGAUAUGCAAUAAAGUAUUUUAACAGCAAAACAUGAUACUGUAAUUAUAGCAGUGAGUAGAUCAAUGAUUUUAUUCAGAUUUUUUUUUUUUAAUUUUGCAUUAUUGUUCAGUUCCACCGGCGGGUCCAAAGCAAUGGGUCUGAAUUUAAAGGCUGAGCAAUUCACUUUUAAACUUCUGGGUGAGCACCGGGGUGUCCUAUACAAAUGAAGACCACGUAUGGGGUACAGCAAAAGAAAAAUACAUGGAUGAGUGGGUCCGACUUGAGCUGUCUGGCUACUGAAAGAAUGGCUCAUUGGAGUCACAUUCCCAGCUUCUUUGUGGAGUUCUGAUGUUCUUCCCAUUUGCUUGUGGGUGGGUUUCCAAAUAUGUGCCAUCCGAGAUGUUGCCACACAGUUUUGGGUGGGUGUGGCUGUAGCCCUGUGACUGUGUGGUGUCCCUUCAGGGGCUGUUGGUAUGGAUGUGCUAGAAGACGUGGAAUGCUCCGGAAAGAGGAGUGUGCUGGACAGGGAGAUUCUCAUCAGCACAAGUCUCGCUUCUUAUGGCCUUUGACGCCACUGGUGGACUUAAGACGGGCAGAAUGCAUGAAAGUGCGUGCAGUAAAGUUAAGCAUGUGCACUCUUGUCCAUUGAUGUGAAGAAUCUAAGUGUUUAUUUCCUUUAUAAACAUUGCAUUUGAUGGCUGUGACAAAAUUUGUUUAAGAGACAACAAUUGUUGUAUCUGUAUUUAAAAAUGAUGACCGUUCUUAAUAAAAUGUUUGAUUAUCUGCA